UGUGAAGAGUGUGGAGUUUCAAAUUUUGGAGAAUGUUUUAUUCACGGUGGUAAGAUGACUAUUGCUCAAGAUAAUUCUCCACCACCUAAAGCAUAUCUUUCACUGCCAAAGGUUCUUGCAUUGAAGCGAGCCAAAGAGGUUGAUAUCUGCUCAUUG